AGCGAUAACGGUCUCUCUUCUCACAGUCCUCGCUGCCUUGACUCCACCCGUGCCUGUGACUUGAGGACAUCGCCAUGGCAAACGGAGGCUUGCUGCGGGACCCGCAGCGGUACCUGACGGACCCCAGCGCACAGCGGCAGCUCGGCGUGCAGCUCCUCGUGCUCGCCGUGCUCCUCGCCGUGUCCGCCUACUCGCACUUCAUCCACCGGCGCCACUCCACCAAGACACGGCAGCAGCAGCAUGCAUCUCACGCUGGUGGGCGCCUGCAUGACGACGACGAGACGGCGGGCGCGCACGAGGAGACGGUCGCCGAGGUGGACCGCCUCGUCGUGUAUCCGAUCAAGUCGUGUGCGGGCUGCGUCGUCGGCGAGCGCGGGCGCGCGAUGCGCCUCGACCGCAAGGGCUUCCAGUACGACCGGCGCUGGAUGGUCGUGCGGCCCACGCGGCGGUCUGUGUCCGAAGGGCAAGGAAGCGCUAAUGAAGGAACAAAAGGCGAAGGCGAGACCGUCAAGUGGGAGAAGCAGAGCCUGCGCGAGGAGCCACGCCUGACGCUCGUCCGGCCCGAGAUUGUUGAGGAAGAAGACGGCCGCGCUGUGCUCCGGCUCUCGAUCAGCGACCGUGCCCCGCAGCAGGAUGCAGCACGGUGCGCCAUCGAGGUGCCGCUGCGGCCGACGCGCGCGAUGCUCGACCGCUGGCAGGCCGUGUGCGACGUUGAGAUGUGGGGCGACGUGGCCGACGGACGUAUCGUCGAGAUGGAUGCGCGCUACGCGGGGCCCUACAGCGGCAGCCCCAGCCAGUGGCUGUCCGAGUUCCUCGGGUACGAGGCCGUGCUGCUCCAGUUCGACGACGCGGCGCGGGGCCCACGCGCGCCGUUUCCCAUCUGGAAGCCGCCGGCGUCGAGCGCAGCGUGGCCCGAGGCACGGCGAGCAGCGCUGGGCGGGCCCACGCGCAUCGAGUUCCAGGACGAGUACCCGCUGCUGGUAUCAACCGUCGAGAGCCUGGCUGCGGUCCAGGGCCAGAUCCAGACGGCGGUGCUCGACGAGACGAAGCUGCGCUCCCUCGACCGCGCCCACUGGCGCACGGCUUCAAACGACGAGGCCGACGACGUCUCGCUCAAGAUGACAGCCUUUCGGCCCAACGUCGUCCUCCGCAGCAGGCCCGGCACGCGUGGCUUCCCGCCCUUCAGCGAGGACUCGUGGGAGACCAUCUGGAUCGGCCCUGCUUCAGCGUCCGAGCACGAGCAGGAGGGCAGUGACAGCAUCAGCAACAUCAGCGCAUGCCUCCAUCUCGUCGCGAGGUGCAAACGGUGCCGGCUGACGACCGUCGACCCCGUGACCGCAAAGCAGGACAAGAACGUGCCGCUGGCGAUGCUCCGCGAGACACGCUACCGCCGCUCCGAGGCGAAAAAGGCCGGGCCGUGCUUUGGCAUGUAUGCCGUGCCCGAGGCCAUGGCUGCGGUCGACGAUGCGCUUGAUGGACAGGGGCACGAGCAGCGCUACGGCACGUUGACGGUUGGCGACGCCGUCCGCGUGCGCUGGAGGCCGUAUGCGCUCGACGAUGAGGUGGACCGCAAGCGAGAGUAGGCGCAGUUUAAUCAAAUGUAUAGUAUUGCUUUUCCCCAGUGCGAUCGAUGGGCACACCUCUCUCUCAAUGGGAACUUCAAUUCCAUUGCACACAACCAGCGUU